AUGGCCGAGAGGUACCCAGGUGACGGCGCAGCGAACGGCUUCGGCCGCCGCCACCUCCAAGAGCCGGAGGCGCGCCUGCUCUACGAGUUCGAGUACCCUGCACCCCCGGGCAUGCGGGUGCCGGGGACGUGGAGGCUAAGCGCCGGUGGCGUCCUGGUGCCACCGUUGCCUGAAGGGGCGGUGCGGCAGGCCGAGAUCGACCCCAUCUGCUCGUCCCUGACGGAGGAGCAGCGGAACGAGCCGCGCUACGCCACCGACAGUCACAUCCUCUGGACCAUGUACUUCCAACGCCGCCGCGAGGUGCAGAUCGCCUCCACCAACGACGUCAUCCCGCGGGGACGCCUCAACGCCGCGGGCGGCGCGAGUGGUGGGCGGAUGGAGCUGGGGUCGUCCUCGUCCUUGGGCUUCGGCUCGCCGGCCGCGCUCCGCCCCAUCAAGCCUGAUCCGAAGGAGACGCCGCUCGGGCGCCGCACCCGCAGCGGCGCCCUCGUCAUCAACAAGGGUGCCCGGCCCACCCAGCGCGGUUCCUUCCACCUGGUCCAGCCGAAGCCGGAGCCGGGACUGCUCUCGGUGAAGCGGGAGCACGUCGAGAUGGCGGCCUACAACGACGAGUUGGCCCUCAAGUGGGCGAAGGAGGACUACGUCCGGAAGCAGCUCCCCAUAGCCGCCUCCCGGGGCCUCGUAACCACGAAGCUCAUGCCGACCGUCUUCUGCCUUCUCCUUGUCGUCCUUGCAUUGGGUGGGGCUCGUGUGGAGGCUCGAGGCACACCUUCGGCUGAUCAGGGGUCAAAGAACCAAUGGUCCAGCAUGUUCGUCUUCGGCGAUGGCUUCGUCGACAACGGCAACCUCCCAAAGACCGACACAUGGCGUCAAUGGAGCUAUCCCUAUGGCUCCUAUCUCAACUCCCGUGGAUCUGCGACUCCUGUUCCAACUGGACGCCUUUCCAACUAUUGGAUUCAAUCUGACUUCAUCGCAAGGAUCUUGGGCCUCAAUGAAGCCCCUCCAUCGUACAGGCUCACGCCACAUCUAUCUUGCGACCCAUCUGGCAUGACCUUUGCUUUCGGCGGUGCUGGCGUCUACGAGGUGCCGGACAAGAAGGUGCCGACCCUUGCCACACAGGUUAAUGCUUUCACGAGGCUACUUAAUACUGGGGUCAUCUCAAAACAACAGCUUCAGAGCUCCGUCGCUCUCGUCUCCAUCUCCGGCAGUGACUACAUGACUGGUGCCAACGUCGACAAUGCCUUCUUGAGUAGCUUCGAUGAUAUUGAUAGUUAUAUUGGGAAUGUGACGACUGAGAUUGCGAAGAACGUGGGGAAGCUACAGAGGCUAGGUGUGAGAAAGGUACUAGUGAACAACAUGCAUCCCAUUGGCUGCACGCCUUUGCGGACUAGUGCGAACAACUACACGACAUGCGACCUUCUGGCAAACUAUGCCGCAACUGUGCACAACAACAAUAUAGAACACCUGAUGGGGAACAAGAAUAAUGCCCACAUACUGGACCUCUACACUGCCUUCACUGACAUCGUUAAUCACGCCCCGGGUGAAGGGUCGGAGCAGUCAAACAAUUUCAAGCGCAAGCUAACACCUUGCUGUGAGGCUUCCACCGAGCUGGGGUACUGUGGACAGGUUAGCCCUUCAGGGAAGCGCCUCUACGACCUAUGCAAGAAUCCUGAAAAGAAUUUCUACUGGGAUGAGACUUACCCGACGACCGCUGGGUGGGAAGCUGUUACAGAGGCACUAGAAGAACCUUUGAGGGAGUUCCUAGAUCGGGACUAUGUUCCAUGAUUUCUUUGUAAUUUAGGUUUUGAUCGAUCCGUUGC